CUCUCACUCUCUUCCUUUACAAAUCAAAAAUGGAAGCAAAGAUGCAAACGGACCAACCUCAGCAACAGCAGCCACCACAGCAGGCGGCGGCGGCGGAGAGACUGAACCAGGCGGUGCAGCAGCAGCUGAAUUUAGACUCCGUAAAAACUCGAGCUAUUAGCCUAUUCAAAGCUAUUUCUCGUAUUCUUGAAGAAUUCGAUGCUUACGCUCGUUCUAACGCUAAUCCUAAAUGGCAAGAUGUUUUAGGGCAAUAUUCUAUGGUAAACCUUGAACUUUUCAACAUUGUAGAAGAAAUUAAGAAGGUUUCCAAGGCUUUUGUAGUUCAUCCCAAGAAUGUUAAUGCCGAAAACGCUACAAUUUUACCUGUUAUGCUAUCAUCAAAACUACUGCCUGAGAUAGAAAUAGAAGACAAUUCAAAGAGAGAGCAAUUGCUUCAGGGGUUGCAGAAUUUGCCUGUGCCCUCACAAAUUGAGAAGUUGAAGACUAGAAUUGAUAUGAUUGCGGCAGCUUGCGAAGGUGCUGAGAAAGUCUUGGCAGAUACCCGUAAGGCCUAUCAGUUUGGUAUUCGACAAGGUCCGACCAUUCUUCCUACUUUGGAUAAGAGUCAGAUUGCAAAAAUUCAAGAACAAGAGAACUCUCUUCGAUCUGCUGUAAACUUUGGUGAAGGACUUGGAGUAACUGCAGACCAGAGGCAAGUUACAUCUGCACUUCCUAUGCAUUUGGCAGAUGUGUUGAGUGUGGGUGAUGGAGGCCAUAAUCUUCCUGAUCCUUCUGGGAUGUACAUGAAAAACACUCCACCUUUAUUAGCGAAUAACAUAAGUAAUCAGGGGCCUUUGCUACAGCAGGCCACAGGAAGCACGCUUAUUGGAAGAUCAGCUGCAUCUCCUUCAGCUGGUACAAGUACUACAUCCUUUGACAACACUACAACUUCUCCAUUACCAUAUGCCAAUUCACCAAGGUCUGGUGCAAACAUAAUGAACACUCCUUCUCCUCAACAACAAACCCAACAGCAGAUGCAGCAGCAGCAGCAGCAACAACAACAGCAACAGCAGCAACGGCAAAAGAUAAUGCAAUUACCUCAGCAUCAACAGCAAUUUCUUGCUCAGCAACAAUUCAGACAAUCAUCAAUGCAAGGGCUGGGUCAGAACCAGCUGCCACAGCUGCAUGAUUUGCAAGGUCAGGGUCAGCAGAAGUUUCAGCAGAUGCAGUUUUCUCAGUCACUGGGGCACCAACAAUUUUCAGGUAGGCAACUGCCCUCUGGACAUAUGCAGCACGGCAUGAGUCAAAACCAACUCAACCAAGGAAAUCAGUUAAAUCGCCAUAUAAGCCAGUUUUCCAGUACUGCAAACAAUGCACUGUUUAAUGCUGCACAGGGGACACCAAAUACCCAGAUGAUUCCAAACAUGUCAGCCACGAUGUCAUCUCAGUCGCUUGUGCCACGGAUGCAGUUUGGAUUAGCUGGUAGCAAUCCCCAGAGGAGUCAUGCGUCCCAAAUGCUAAAUGAUCAAAUGUUCAAUAUGGGAGUUUCAAAUCCAGGGAGCAUGAUGAUGCCUAUGCAGCAACAACAACAGCAGCAACAACAACAGCAGCAACAGCAGCAGCAGCAGCAACAACAGCUUGGUUCUCAAGGUGCAUAUAGCAAUAUGUCACAAAAUGCACAGAAUUUACAAUCCAGUAUGGCAGGCUUGGCAGCUCUUCAGAAUGCAUCACAAAAUCACCCUGCUUAUGGACAACAGAGACAGCAAAAUCAGCAGUGAAAAAAUAGUGAUUUUCACCUAACUUCCAGGGUAAUAGUAAUUAUCCCUACUUAAUUAAAAAAGUCUGGAUGACGCUUGAUCAGAGUCUAAAUGAUGAAGGAGAAGACUACAUUUUAAACGAUGGAUCUUCAAGGAGAGCUGGAACAGAAAUUGAAGCAUUUCUGUAUGAACCACUGUAGCCUGAAAUAUGAAAGAGUGGUCAAAUGAAUUUUGAUCGAAACUGGAAUAGCAUGAUAGCCAAAAGAAAAACACUUACAAAUCUUCAAGGCAACUACUACUAGUAGUUGUCGAAUCUCGACGUUCCAAAGCGAAUGCUGAUGAGGUUAACUUUUUAGAGACAAGGGGAAGGUGUUCUGAUGAAGCGUGGGUGGAAAAUGGCGGGGAUGAAGACGGAGAUGAGGAGAAAUAGUAGUUUUGGUUGUCAGGACCGACACUUACGGGAAGCGGUGAAGGUGGUGUUGGAGGUGAAGGUGAUGGCGAAACAUAACCACUGUGUUCCAUAUCAAACCCAUUACCUCCAUUGUUUUAGCUUUUGUGCUAGGACAUAUUUAUGUCUACUUGCAUCAACUUCCUGUUAGUUCAUGUUUGAAUUGUAGGUGUUAACCUAACGGUCUCUUGCCAAAACUAAAUUAUAUCCUCAUCCAUUCCAGUAUUUAAAUCAUCUAAUAAAAAUAAAUUAUUAAAAAUAAUGGUUAAA